GGACGGCGUCACGGACACCGCCCCGGGCCCAGAGGCCACCGCUUCUGCCUGGGAGGCCGCCCGCCUCGGCCCUCUCUGAGCAAGACACUGUGCGGCCGCAGCCUCCCGGCUUGGCGCGCCCGGUUAUGCCUUCUCAGAAUGCUAUACUUUCCCAGGAGGGGAACAUGAAAGUGAAAGAAAUGAAUGAUGAAUCACAGAUAUUAAAGUCCCAGGAAUCACUGACAUUCCAGGAUGUGUCUGUGGACUUCACCAGGGAAGAGUGGGACCAGCUGUACCCUGCUCAGAAGAACCUCUACCGAGAUGUGAUGCUGGAGAACUACAGGAAUUUGGUUGCCCUGGGGCAUCAACUUUAUAAGCCAGAGGUGAUCACUCAGUUGGAGCAAGAGGAGCAGUGGAUGAUGAAAAGGGGCGGCUCACUGGACACUCAUCCAGAAGGAAGACAGAGAAAGAAGGAAAUCAACGAAAGUGACCAUGAGCAUGCUGAUCAGGCUGCCAUGUUUCCAGAUGGGGAGAAUAGACCCGAAAUCAAAAAAUCAACUCCAGACCAGGACAUUUCUAAUGAAAAUCAAACCCAUGACAGAAUCAUGGAGAGACUAACAGGAGACAGUUUCUGGUAUUCCAUCUUAGGAGGUCUCUGGGACUUUGAUUACCAGUUAGAGUUUAACCAAGAAAACCAGCAGAGACAUUUAGGACAAGGAUCUUUCACCCACAAAAAUAUCACAAAGGAAAGGAGUCUUGAAUGUAAUAGAUUUGGGGAAAACUGUAAUCUGAACUCAAGCCUUACUGUGCAUCAGAGAAUUCCCUCAAUUAAAUUACCCCUUAAUUCUGAUACACAAGGAAAUAGCAUCAAACAUAAUUCAGAAAUGAUUUACUAUCAGGGAAACUAUGUAAAACAGAACGCUUAUGAAUAUAAUGAGUGUGGAAGAAUCUUCAAUCAACAUAUUCUUCUUACUACUCAUAUUCAUGCUAGAGAGAAAUCCAGUGAAUGUGGGAAAGCCUUCAGUCACAAUUCAUCUCUUACUCAAUCUCAGAUAGUCCUUACUGGAGAGAAGCCCUAUAAGUGUGACGAAUGUGGGAAAAGAUUCAGCCAGAGGAUACAUCUCAUUCAACAUCAGAGAAUCCACACAGGAGAAAAACCUUUUACAUGCAAUGAAUGUGGGAAAGCCUUCCGUCAGCAUUCAUCCUUUACUCAACACUUGAGAAUUCAUACUGGAGAGAAACCGUAUAAAUGUAAUCAAUGUGGUAAAGCCUUUAGCCGUAUCACAUCACUUACUGAACAUCAUAGACUUCAUACUGGAGAGAAACCUUAUGAAUGUAGUUUUUGUGGGAAGGCCUUCAGUCAGAGGACACAUCUUAAUCAGCAUGAGAGAACUCAUACAGGAGAAAAACCUUAUAAGUGUAAUGAAUGUGAGAAAGCCUUUAGCCAGAGUGCACACCUUAAUCAACAUAGAAAAAUACAUGUUCGGGAGAAAUUAUGUGAAUAUAAUAAAUGUGGAAAAACUUUAAGCCACAAUCCUUCACUUACUCAGCAGCACAUAGCUCAUAGGGGGGAAAUCAUAUGAAUUUAUAAAUGUAGGAAAUUUCUGGUCAGACUUUUUCAUACCAUUCAAUAAUAAAUUAAUCAAACAGAGAGAAAGAUUAUAAACUUUGACCGAAUAGCAACCAAAUAAAUUUAGACCUUAAGCUAGUAGCAUAUUCUCUUCCCAGGAGUGGUUACAAAUAGUAAAAAUAAUUUAUUUUAUAAGCACUAUUAUAUUGGAGUCAGGUUCUAAAUCUUACAUGAAACUUUUUUUAAUGACCAGAAAUCCAGUAGGCAAUAAUCUAUAAUGAUUUGCCUGUAAGUUUUUAUGGUGCAAAGUUUUAAAAUUAUAUAUCAAGGCAAUAGUAUAAUAUAACCUGUCACAUAGAAUUGAAAUAGCCAGAAGAGAGCAAUAUUUCUCAAAAUUCAGUCAUUUGUGUGCUUCCUUUGCAGUUUUUAUCAUACCUAGUAUUUACCUAACUUUUUUCUUUAAGUCAACUCAGACUUUUUAGCCUUGUCCUAGGAAAUAUUAUUGAAAUUAUGAGUUUUAUAUGCUAAUUAUAUUUGCUACUUCCCAUCAAAUUAAAUAUAUAACUUUGAAAUUUAAAAUAUUGUGUAUAUUGGUGUACUACCUAAAAUCUUGUGUACUACUAUUUGAGAAACAAUUUUAUAGCAUAUUGACAAUAAUAAUAUAUUUCUAUUCUUUUAGCAAUUCUGCAUUACUUUUGUUGUUCGAGUCCUAGGAUCACUUUAAGAAGCGUCUCAGACAAGAGUGAGGGUCUUACUGCUCAACUAUAAAAGACUGAUUCAGACUAACCCACUUUUCUUUAUUGCUCUAAUUUUUAAUUUACCUAUAGCAAACAUAGAUUUUUUUUAAUUGAAAUUGUUGUUUCUGCUAUAUUUGCAGAGAGGAGUUUUGUUUUCAUACUGAUGACAGGCUAAUAAUCCAUAUGUCACUCUACACCCCUGGAGACUGUAGCAGAGGGUGAGCUGUGGUACCCUGUUGAGGCCAAGAACCAGGGAAGACCAUUAUUGACUGAUAUAAACAACUAUAAAAGCAUCACUAAUUGACUUAAUUCAUUUUAUUUAUUAAAAUAUAUGUAUAUUACUUUUUUCUAGAAAGAAUUUAAGGUGGUUUAAUUAGAUUUUUAUAAUCAUUGCCUUGUUUUAUAGAAGUCAUACUUUGAUAUCACAAAGCUUUAUAAAUGUAAAUUGUCCUAAGCCAUAAAUAGCAGCAAUUAUGGGGCUGCUUCGGUUUCUUGGCUUUCCAUUUUUCUCUCAGUCUUCCCAGGCAUAGCUGAAGGAGCCAUGAGGCUAAAGCAGGAACACUGUUCUCCUGUUUUCUUAUGUUUUUUUCUAACAUAGCUGCCUUCUCAAGAAUUUUUUCCUAUGAAAGGGAUAGAUUCUAUAUGUCUGAGUGAAAGCUGAAAUGAUUUAAAGACUUCUACAAAUUCAAACACUAAAUAAAAACCAAGAAAGUAAACUGAUAAAAUUAAUUUCAUCACAGUUACACUUUUCAAAGUGCAUUUAUCUUUCAUGCAAGAAUGGAUGUAAACUAGUUCAUAAAACCCUGAGUUACUAAAAAUCAGGGGGGAUUUCUAAUAAUAUUUUAUGUUCAAAUAUCUGUGUAGUAGAGAUCAUUUUGAAGGGCAGUUCAUUUCUGGAAGUAUCUCUUUACCUAAAGGAGCUGUAUUUAAUAUUCAUUUGCCAUAAUGAGUAUAGGGCACUCAGAUUUCAGAAACAAAGAGUGAGCUAAGGUGAAAUCUCAACAGCAGAGUUGUGUCAUAAAAGAAGUCAUGAUCAGCUGUUGAUAAAGGCUUUGAUGAGAGUUUAAUUUGCAGCGAGGAUUAAAAUAAAAACCUCAAUAUACCACAAAGAGGACUAAGUGCUCCAAUAUAAAACAAUAUAUUGCAGCUCAAGUAAAAAAGAAUAUGGGAUUUUCACAAGAGGAUCAGCAGAAGUUGGGCAAUCCCAGAAAAGAGGUAUCUGGACUGAACCAGACCAUCGUUGGCUAAGGAUUUUCACCAAUUCCUCAUAUAUAGAAUUUUCAAACUAGAAAGCAUAUUAUACAUUUCUUAGAGUCAAAAAUGAUUAUGCUUAUAUUCACUGUACAGUAAACUAUGCCAUUCUGAUAUGAAUUUAUUCUCAUGUGAGCCUUUGUCUCUUUAAAUGUUCCAAGUUAAGGAGUGAACCCUAGAUAUUUUAGUUACGUUGAAAUACUGGUGCUCCAAGUAUGGGAACCAAGGGAAUUGUACUCAUUCAAAAAUCUGUGGUACCAUUUAUUUCUGUCUCAGAAGGCAAAGCAUUACCCUUUCACAUCAGUUUAUCUGGUUCAUCUAAAUAACACCAUCCAAUCAGGUGUUACAGCCCUUCUUUUAUGGAAGAGAUACUUAACCUUAGACACGGUAAUAAAUAAUUUAUUAUUCAGGGUUAUUCAGACUGAAAUGUCACUAAGAACAUCAUCUUAUUCCUAAUCCAGUAGAUACAAACAGUGCCUGGAACAGUCUUUUAUAACACUCUGAAAACAUUUGGUAAAUGUAUCAACAUUAAUAAAAUGAAAGAUUGCUAUCAACACCAAAAUUUGUGUGACUCCUUUUCUCAGAAACAGAGUAUUAAAGGAUCAUGUUGAUGGAUUCUUUUAUCUAAAGGGUGUGGGUUUGGAGAAAAACAUUACAAUUUGUGUUUUGAUUAAUGUUCAACUUAUUAAUUAAAGAAACCAGAUGACAUUCUUUAAGCAACCAAUGUUCCUCUACUUAUCAUAGAUGUACCCUUAAUAAAAUGUAAGAACUAGAAGUAGAGAUCCCCAUUCUUUUAAACACUGACUUCAUAUUUAAAGAAUGGACACCACCAAGAGUGAAGCCCAAUAUAAACUAUAGUUGGUAAUAAUGUAUCUAUAUUGGCUUAUCAAUUGUAAUAAAUGUACCACACUAAAUCAAGAUGUUAAAGUAAAAGGACAGGAUGGGGAGAACUUGGAUGAGGGGUAUAUGGAAACUGUACUUUAUGCUCAGUUUUUCCGUGAACCUAAAAUUGCUCCAAAAUGUCUACAGAACUCAUUUGAAAGUCACUUUUAAAAAGUAAUGUUUCAGUCAUAUAUUAUAAAGGAUGAAUUCAUGAAAAAAUUACAUAGAAGAUCUGAUACUCUGGGAAGAUGUUCAAGACAAGAUGAAAUGGUGUCAUCUAAAUUAUUUAAAGAAGUAUGCACAGGAGAAAAUGCCUAAGGGUAAGUACUAGGAGGCAAAGCAGCAUCUGUUGUCAAAUAUGAAUAUCAGAAGGUAAAACUAUCUGAUCUACUAUAUGUUAUGUCUGUAUAACAUUCCAGAAGAAAGACCAGUUACCAAGACAAUUCAGGCCUUCAUUGAGUGGAACCUUGAUAUGACUCCCUUCUGUUUCUAUUUCAACAGUGUUGCACUGAGCAUCCUAGGUGUCCUAAUGUAACUGUCCUAAGUGACAUUUACUUAGGCUGAUUCCUCCCACUGCAGGAUAAGUAAAUGUUGUCUCUAGAGUGGGAUUUUUGUGCAAAAAAUCACAGGGAUGAAGCUAGAGGGAGCUGCUGUCCAUGCUCAACAAACUGUUCUGAGAUACUAUAUAUUAACAAAUCACCAAGUCAAAUUCUGGCCUGUACCCCUGCUCUUGUAUACAUAAAUAAAUAAAUCUUUAAAAAAAAAAUUCUACUUUUAAAUCCCAAGGACCUUUCUUCUGCUGGGAUCUCACAUGUUCUACCUCUUGCCAAAAGUCCCCGAGGGUUUAGAUGCUGGGUCUGCGCUUAUGGUGAUUGUAGCCAAGAAGCAAAUCAUAGAUAAACAUUAUCACAAACUGUUUAUAACUUUCCAUUUUGCACAAAAGCCCAUUUAUCUUUCCUAAAAGUCUUAAUUUUUUUCCCAUAGGAGUCCUUCCUCCUCCCCUUCCCUCAUUGUUGGCAUAUAAAUCCCUACCUCUAGUUGUUCAGUGAAUCUAUUCAUCUAUAUACUACAUGCAUGUAUAAACCUGUCUUUUCUCUUGUUAGUCUCCUGUAACUUCCCUCCCCUUCCCUUCCUGCCC